AUGGGCCCAACCACCUGCGAGAUGAAUUUAUUAGGGUCUGCGAGUCCUACGUCGCUCUCAGACAAUCUCCUCGACAACUACCCUGAUGAAAAAGCAAUUAGGACUGUGGUAGAUACAACGAACACAAGCAAGGGCAGAGAGAACGACGAUUCUUCAAAAGAUGACAGCGAUACCGAGUUUCGCCUUGUGCAAAAUUGUGGCUGCGAGGAUUCCACCGUGAAGAGAAGAAACUUGAAUUCGAACGCACCCGACUCAUCAUGGACGAAGAGUUCCAAGACGAAACACGAAGCAAUCGAGGUGGAUCUUCAAAACAAGAAUACAGAUCUCACCAUGCUUCUGAGAAAGACAACGACGAGUUUCGAGAAGGAGGUUAUAAAACAAGAAGCCAAAACAUUCCAGAAAGCGUUGGAUGUUUAUCUAAGAGCACCACGGCCUAUACGAAAGUCGUUAUGCGUUGAAACUGCCCGACUAGACCGAAAAGCUGCGCAUACUUAUGAUCCACCUCAGCAGUUCUCUGGGCAGUGGGCAUUGCCUUUCUCACUUUGGAUCUGGUGA